AUGCUCCGGGCGCUCAACCCGUCCCCAUCCCCGUCCCCGCUCCGCACGCGCCCGGCGUGCCGCGCCUCGCCGCGGCGGCGCGCGCGGGGGAGCUGGGCGCGCCCCCGCGCCGCGGCGGUCCCUCAGCAGCAGCCGCCCGUGCGCCGGCCCUCCGGGGACCGGCUGUGCGCGCCGUCACGGGGCGCCGCCGCCCAGCUGCCCGCGCCUGAUGCGACCGCGGCGGCGGCGCCCGAGGCGCGGGGCGAGCUGGAGGCGUUCCUGGAGGUGGUGCCCGCGAGGAUGCGGCGCGGGCUGGCGCUGCAUCAGGAGGUGCGGGACCUCGUCGAGGUCGUCAUGGACCUCGGCCGCCGCCCCAUCGCGCGGUUCCCGUCCGGGGACUGGGUCAUCUCCGACCAGGUCGUCACUGCCGAUGACCUCCGCCAGGCCGUCGCCAAGGUAGGUGACUUCUCCGAGGACAACCGAUCUGGGAUCAAUCACUCGUUGCACCGGAUCAGCGCUAUCAGGAACCGGAAAGCACAAAUCAUAGGGCUCACUUGCCGUGUCGGUCGAGCUAUAUCUGGCAGUGCAGAGAUGAUCCGUGACCUAGUGGUGAGCCGUGGUUCAAUAUUGGUGAUUGGACCUCCUGGAGUUGGGAAAACCACUCUGAUCAGGGAAAUAGCUAGAAUUUUGGCAGAUGAAGGUAAGAAACGCGUGAUCAUAGUGGACACAUCUAAUGAAAUAGGAGGUGAUGGGGAUGUACCUCACUCUGGCAUUGGACGUGCUAGGAGAAUGCAAGUUCCCAAAGUUACUAUGCAGCACAACGUAAUGAUUGAAGCAGUUGAAAAUCACAUGCCAGAAGUAAUUGUUAUCGAUGAGAUUGGUACAGAACUUGAGGCAAUGGCAGCUAGCACUAUUGCUCAGAGAGGUGUUCAACUAGUUGGAACUGCUCACGGGGUGACAAUCGAGAGCAUAAUUAAAAAUCCUUGUUUGCAAAUGCUCGUUGGUGGGAUUGAGAGUGUGACUCUUGGUGAUGAGGAAGCAAAAAAGCGGAAAGUCCAGAAAACCAUUCUCGAGAGAAAAGGACCCCCUACAUUUUCAUGCGCUGUUGAGAUGAUAUCCAAAACUGAAUGUCGAGUCCAUCACAAGUUAGAUGCCACAGUGGAUGCUAUUCUUGCAGGGAAGCCACCUAAGUUUGAAGCUCGCAAGAUGCAUAAUAAGUCUACGGAAUCAGAAAUGCCAUUGGUGAUACCUGAUAGAGAGUAUGAAAUAGAAUCACUGCCACUAUAUCAGGAAGAUAUGGUCACCAAGUCAAUAUCAUCAGAAAGCAACUUAAGUGAGGAUUUUGCUGCCUCCAGGCAAACAAAAAUCAGGAGUAUGCCAUCGGAUGAUAAUUUUGGUGAUGAUUUUGUUUACAGAAGGAAAGCAAAAGGGAAGAAAUCUGUGCCUGGAAAGUCUCUAGUCCGUGUAUACACAUACCAGACUAAUACGAUGGCUCAAAUAGUUAAGGCUAUCAGAAUGAUUGUUGGAAGGGACAACAGAUCAUCAAGUAAGCAACCUAAGGUUAUGGAGGGCGAGAUAGAGAUUGAGGAUGAUGCUCCGAUACGUAAGCCAUCUUUGGAGGAAAUUGAUGCUUUGGAGUUGCAAAAUUGA